AAGAAGUACAGACAUUACUGUCAGAGCUCGCACCGUUGCGCUACAGACAUGGCCCUGCCACCUUUCUUCGCCCAGGGCCGCCAGGGACCGCCGCCCCCGCAGCCACCGCCUUCCGCUCCGUUCGGCUGUCCGCCCCCGCCGCUGCCCUCCCCGGCUUUCCCGCCGCCUCUUCCCCAGCGGCCCGGCCCCUCCCUGCGCGAGGCCGAGGCCGACGGAACGGCCUGGGCCUCGCUACACGCUCAGGCUGUGCCACUGCGAGCGGAGCUAGCCGAGCGGCUGCAGCCGCUAGCCCAGGCCGCCUAUGUGGGCGAGGCGCAGCGGAGGCUGGAGAGGGUCCGGCGCCGCCGAUUGCGGCUUCGGGAGAGGGCCCGGGAACGCGAGGCUGAGCGGGAGGCGGAGGCCGCGCAGGCCACGGAACGGGAGCAGGAGAUUGACCGCUGGAGGGUGAAGUGCGUGCAGGAAGUGGAGGAAAAGAAGCGGGAACAGGAACUCAAAGCGGCUGCUGAUGGAGUCUUAUCUGAAGUAAGGAAAAAACAGUCGGACACUAAAAGAAUGGUGGACAUUCUGCGUGCUUUGGAGAAAUUGAGGAAACUGAGGAAAGAAGCUGCAGCGAGGAAAGGGGUCUGUCCUCCUGCCUCAGCAGAUGAGACUUUUGAGCAUCAUCUUCAGCGACUGAGAAAACUCAUUAAAAAGCGCUCUGAACUGUAUGAAGCUGAAGAGAGAGCCCUGCGAGUUAUGCUAGAAGGAGAACAGGAGGAAGAGAGGAAAAGAGAAUUAGAAAAGAAACAGAGAAAAGAGAAAGAGAAACUUUUACUUCAGAAACGAGAAAUCGAGUCCAAGUUAUUUGGAGAUCCGGAUGAGUUCCCGCUUGCUCACCUAUUGCAGCCAUUCCGCCAGUAUUACCUCCAGGCCGAGCACUCUUUGCCUGCGCUCCUUCAGAUAAGGCAUGAUUGGGAUCAGUACCUGGUGCCGUCUGAUCAUCCCAAAGGCAACUCCAUUCCCCAAGGAUGGGUCCUUCCCCCGGUCCCCAGCAACGACAUCUGGGCAACGGCCGUUAAGCUGCAUUAAGACUCUCCAGGAGUGUGAUCCAGCAGGCUCUAGAUAUUAGUGAUGCUGUCGUCUCACGCUGUACUCUUCUGCACAACUAAACUCCAUGCGCCAUUGUCUUAGCUGGAAGUCCUGCUUCUUUGUGGUCUCUGCCCUGGCCGGAGGUGCCUUUUGAAACAGAUUAAUAAGGUUCUUCAGGGAAGGGCCUAGAUGAACUGAGGUUGUUAGUAUGGACAGGGGCCUUGGCUCACUAAAUGUGCCUCUGUUUUGAGGGGCUUGGUGUAAUGUGGCCUGCUCAUUUUCUCUAGGUUUGUUGUACAUUGGUGGGUAAGUACAGUCAUCACACUUGGUUACUCCUUAUUUUCCUGUAUCAGUUGUCCUCCAGCUCCCAGGAGUACAGGUCAAAGUUUGACCUAAAUUCCGUUAAUCCCAGUUUUGGUGCAGUUGGGAGGCUGCUACUGAGGAUACCAAUGGCUUUAGACUGGGCUGCCAGGAAUGCUGACAGCUUAGAGCUGCUGUCCUGUGAAGAGCUUAGAAGACCAGACCAGACCAGUGCCAGACAAGGUUGGCUCCUGCUCUGACAGACAUUGCCUGUGUUCCUCAUGAAGGCAUCAGUCUGGAGCUCCAAGAGAUCUACUAUAUGGGUCUUCAGGAAUAGAAAUGCGUGUCCCUGUGGGACUGUAAUCUCAGUCACAUGGUAGGGGCUUGGGUAGCUCUGGGAUUCCCCCUACCCUCCCCCUUAGCUCAAGCUUCUAAAAAUAUCCAUGUAGUAAAAGUUUGGAAAAGAGCAAGUACGAAUGGUAAAUUUUAUUUUUAUAUUCAUUAAUAAGGGCUGUUGUGCUUGGAAUAUGAUCAGUCAUGACAUGUUACGGGUUUUGUUUUGCUUUGUUCUGGAUUUUGUUAUUUAAUUUCCUAAAAGCUAAAUAAAUACCAUUUUCACUUUUUCGUUUGA